UUAGCAACGACCAACCCAAUUUUUUAAUACAUUUUUCAUAUGUGUUUUAAUGAAACUGACAUAGGUAUAAAUCAAAAUGGAGACGCCUGAUGCCAAUGGAUUUGUUAAUAUAACUUGGCCUAGCAAGAGCGUUCCUCAUGGUGGCAUAUUUCAUCCAAGGCUCGUGGAACCCUCUACAGCCCAGCGGGAAUUUCUCAAAGUAUUACUGGAGGAAUCAAAGUUAACGAUCGCUCAGCGUCGGAAAUCUGCUUUUCAACUGCGCGAGGAAAAAUGCAAAGAAACCCCUACCACAACAUCGCGAGUGCCUCUCAUACGUCCCGGCACUUCGCAUCGCCGUUCGCUAUCUGCUAUACGUGAAUCUGGCGCUCUUGAUGUCGAUCACUACCGUCCAUCUAAGCGCGGCGAAGACCGGGAAAAGCUGAUAGAGCAACUAGCAAAUAGGAUGACGUAUGGAGAUGCCGAACAGAAACCACCAGCUCCUCCGAAAGCCUUAGCAAAGCCAGUACCGAAGCUACCGACUAAGAAGGAUCAGUGGAAUGAUUUGUUAACACAAAUCCGUGAGCGCGCCGAAUGGCUAGCAGAGAUGGAGGUUCUGGGACACGCGGGACCACAUCGGGAGUUGAUAAAAGACCAGAUCGCUGAAAGAUUAAGGGCUUUGGACGCUUUGGGAGUUGACAGUCAAUGUUCAUCUGCAAGAUCCAUUGCCUCUGGUUUUAGUGUGCUAUCUAACCAGCGUAGCAACUGUCUCGAGAAGAGCGGUAAAUCAGCACAUUCUAAUGAUACCCAAGCAUCUGGGAAAAAACAAAAAUCUAACAAAAAGAGAAGUGCAACAAAACAACGAAAAUAUGAGGAGCAUGUUGGGGAAUAUGAGAAAUUGUCACCAUUGCAAUAUUCACCGCGACGCCGAGUUUGAAUUGAUAAAUAAAAAAAAAAAUUUAACUAAAAAAACAUUUCAGGUUACUCUUAUACAAGGUGUACAAUUAUUUAAUAAAUAACAUUCAAAGCA